AUAAUGAAUUUAACCUUUCCAAACGAUGGUAGCUGCUGCUAUUGUGUUUGUAGUGAGCGAUUGAAUAAUGCAUGCAUAACAUUGUUCAGAGUGGCUAUAAAAGAGCUGGAGAACAACAAAGCAUAAUGUGGUAUUGUUUGCAAAGGUUGGAACUGUACAGACAUGCUGGUAAAGAUGUAAAUUAUUACUUGUAAGUAUCUUUACCAUACAAGGGAAUUCAAUGAGCUUCAUUUGUGAGCAGAGCUCUAAAGUAAAGAUGGUGCUCUGAAGCCCGUGAAAUCUUCAAAAAGCAUGAAGAUGGUCUACUCUGAUGACAAUGGACUAAAUAUCAUGAAAAGGUCACUUCCUUGCUCUAGCAGAUCAGUCUGGAUGGUGUGAACUAAACUAUCCUCUGGAUAGUAGCCUGCCUACCUUGCUCUUCAUCAGAAGUUGGUCUCUUGAUUUUUCACCUUUCUGGUUUGUGCAGAAAACUGGGUUGCCACGUUUGCUUCAGGAUACAGUUCAACCUGACUUCAGAAUUUCAAGCAGAAAGACCUUAUCUUCCCAGCUCUGUACCGUCUGCCAGCUGGGGAUCAGGGAAAGAUAGGUUCCUCAACAUCAUUUCCCCCUCUCUUUCUCUCUCUCUCUUUGACUCAUCUGGGCUGAGAAACAUCCCUCUGUAAACGAGAUGGAUUCUUGCUUGGAUUACCUCUUCUCCCUCUGUUGCUGCUGUGGAUGUUACAGUAGAUACCGUCACUAUGACGAUGACCUCUAUGAACCCUUGCUGCUGGAUACUGAGAGGGAGGCAGUCAAAGAUCUGUUACAUUAUCUCAAUAGAGAAUAUGAAGAGAAGCCAACUAUUUCUGAGGAGCGUUUGGAAGCACUCUGUACAUUGACUUAUUCAGAGAAUGCAGAUUUACAGAGGUCAGCUGCAUUAUGCCUAGCAGAAAUCAGCGAGAGAUUAAUGCAGCCGAUAUCAUCCAAGGUAAUGGAACCUAUUCUUGUGUUGAUGGAAUCCCAUGAUGUGGAGACUCAGAAAGCAGCAUCCCUUGCACUCAGUAACUUUGCGCUUUGUGGGCACGAGAGCAACAAGAGUGUGAUUGUGAAGUGUGGUGCUCUGCCUGUGCUGAUCAAGCUACUGUCUUCAAACAAUGUAGAGAUCCAGUGCAAUGCUUGUGGAUGCAUCACUACGCUCGCUACCUCAAAUACCAACAAAAUGGCCAUAGUUUCAUGCAACGGUGUCCCUCCUCUGAUUUCAUUGACUACAUCACCUGAUAUCAGAGUUCAGCGCAAUGCUGCUGGAGCAUUACUUAAUCUCACUCACAUAGAUUCUAACAGGACUGUGUUAGUAAACCUGGGUGCAGUCACAACUUUCCUGACAUUGCUGCAGUCACAAGACACUGACAUCCAAUACUACUGUGCAGCGGCACUCAGUAACCUUGCUGUGGAUGAGAAGCAUCGUGUUUCCGUGGUUAAGGAAGGUAAUCAUCAAGUCAUCAAGAUGCUCAUCAGUCUAUUAAACUCACCGGCUGAUAAGGUGAAAUGUCAAGCUUGCUUUGCUCUCAGAAACCUAGCCUCCGAUGAUGAGAAUCAGGUUGCCAUAGUAACAUUAGGAGGGCUUCCUCAUCUUCAUGCCAUUAUGAAGGAUAGUUCAAAGGAGACCUUGUCAGCCGCCAUCGCUGCGCUGCGUAACCUCUCAAUCCAUAGACUCAAUGAGAUCCCGAUAGUUGAAGAGGGAUUCUUAGAAGAGAUCACAAGCGUUCUAAGACAGCCCAUGAUGUGGGAUGCACAAUGCCAUGCUGCAGGAACAUUACGUAAUCUAGCUGCUGGGAGUAAGACUAAGAUGAUCCUGAGUUCUGGUGCCCUUGAUGGAUUGAUAUCAGUGUUCUUAGAGUCCACCUCACCUGUUGCCGUCCAGACGGAAGUGACCGCUGCAUUGGCCAUCAUAGCUGGCAAUGAUGAAGCCAAGCAGAUACUACUCCAUGUUGGUGAGGGGCGUGUAUUCAGCCGAUUGGUAUCUCUAGCAGCAUGCUCACCGAGCAGGGAGGUUCAGUAUAACAGUGCAGGCACCAUUGGACAACUUGCUUUAUUCAGUCUGCAGUCUGAACUGAUUACUCUCAAUAUUUCCAACACUCAUAAAUACCUUACCCGUUUCCUCAGAAGUUCAGAUUCAAACUUUAUCCACAUUGCUCUCUGGACCAUUGUUCAUCUCCUAAAAGCGGAAGCCUUCAGGACAGCAUUUGGUGAAUCAUCAUUACCCAGACUGGUAGACACCAUUCUGACCUCAUCUCAUCCUGAACAACUCAAACAGCUUGCACAGACUGUCCUGGACAACAUGGGGUAACAGUCUCUCUUUGAGUAUGAUGCCCAACCCCAUCUUCAACAUGAUGGGUUGCCAUGAGGAGCAAUAUGAACUCAUCUUUGAGUGCGAGGUACCGGUCUUUUUGUGAAGAGCGUGUUUGUGCCUGGUGCAUGAACAGGUCUUAAUCAACUCUGUCGAGGGGCAGUUUUCAAUGUGGAAAUAUGAUACUUACAGGGUGUUUACCUAUCAGAAGUUCUCACAAAAGGGGGAGUUAGCAAUUCUAAUCUACUUUCCAUGAAAGCUUGAGAUAAACUGACUUGACGUAAAGUGUCUCUAUGAAGAGUAUGGUUGGUAAUAAUAUACCAGUCCGUAAAUUGAUGUGCAAUUCACUGUAUGGAAAUGCAAGAGGAGGAUGUUGUGGGGAUAAGGAAGCUUUAAUUAACUAGCACCUGGAUGGCAAUAUUUAUGAGCUCAUUGAGCUGCUUUAUGAAGUGAGUUAUUCUUACAUGUAUUCAACAAGUAAUGCUGGGAAACCAAGGCUCAACAGUUGAUAUUCAUAGAGGGAAAUGCUGCAAAUAUUUACUUGCCGGAGAUGGAACUUGUAAUGGACAAAAACAGAGCUAGAAAAUCAAGGCCCGACAGUUGAUAUCCAAAGAGGCAGAAUGAUAAUAAUUAUCACUUACCAGUGAUGUAAUCAUUGCUGCACAAUAAAUAUUCAUAAUGGAACAGUGGUGUUAAUGGAUUAUUAAUUUAUUCUUCAAAAUUUUGAAGCACUUAUUGUGUUUAGCAUACCAUCAUCAUUCCAAUAAUGAGUUUGUAAUCAUGUUGAUAUAUGACUUGCAUUAUUUGGAUGAUCGUUAGCUUUUAAUUUAUUGAAAAAUGUUUGGAUGUGGAUGCAUAUCGUCAAAAUUAGAGUUGUGGUUUUCAAGCUGUCUCUGGACCAACUAAAAUCAUAAGUUAUGUAGAGAUCUUCUUGAAAGGUCCAAAUAUUGAUCUACCAUAUCAUGAAAUAUGUAAUUCUCACUUUUUGCUCACUUUUUGACUUGUUUUGUUAUAAGUGCUACUGUUGUUAUUUUUCUUUUUAUUUUGGAGUUCUCACAGAUUGAAUUUUUGCAAACUUGUGAAAUAAGUAGUGAGAAGUCUUGGUCUGUGACUCUCAAUAUAAAGAAAGAAAGGUUUUGUUUUGCUGUGUUUCAUUGAUUGUGUUUGAUCUAUGUUCAUGAUAUGAAUUAAUUAUUUGAUUUCUAGGUGAAUUACUUUAUAUUCUUAAGUUUGCCUCCGACGAAGUUUGCCUCCGACGAAGAUUCUGCUAGGAUCGAAAGCUUAGGCCCCUUUUUGACUUUAUAUUCUUAAGUGUUAGAGUGUCUUUUAUGUUGGAAUACACCAUUGUUGAGGAUAAAUGGUGUGGAAAUUCCAUGUUUUGUUCUUUUUUUCAUAAAUUGCAUUUGUUUCCUUUAAUUUCCCAAAGAAUCCUGAAUUUCACUAAGAUAAUGCACUUGUUUGUAAUCAACUAUUUCCUUGAAAUAAUGCCAGAAUUCACAAAGUCCUUUUACACUCCAUAUGCACACUUCAUUUCCACUUGAGACCAAGAAGACCAAGAUAUGAUGUAUCCAAAAAAAAAAAAAAAACGUCAAGAACAACAUCGUUGGAGUCAAGUAAGUAAAGUAGAACAAAAAAUAAUAAUCACAUUAUUUAAUUGGCCAGUCUG